GCUGGAGAGGGGCCGGGCGGAGCGGACAUGGAGAGUCAACGCUGGCUGCCGCUGGAGGCCAAUCCCGAGGUCACCAACCAGUUUCUCAAAUAAUUAGGUCUACAUCCUAACUGGCAGUGUGUUGAUGUAUAUGGAAUGGAUCCUGAACUCCUUAGCAUGGUACCAAGACCAGUGUGUGCAGUGUUGCUUCUCUUCCCUAUUACAGAAAAGUAUGAAAUAUUCAGAACAGAAGAAGAGGAAAAAACAAAAUCUCAGGGGCAAGAUGUUACAUCAUCAGUAUAUUUCAUGAAGCAAACCAUCAGCAAUGCCUGUGGAACAAUUGGACUAAUCCAUGCUAUUGCCAACAAUAAAGACAAGAUGCACUUUGAAUCUGGAUCAACCUUGAAGAAAUUCCUGGAGGAGUCUGCAUCAAUGAGCCCUGAAGAACGAGCCAGAUACCUGGAGAACUAUGACGCCAUUCGAGUUACUCAUGAGACCAGUGCCCAUGAAGGUCAGACUGAGGCACCAAAUAUAGAUGAAAAAGUAGAUCUUCAUUUUAUUGCAUUAGUUCAUGUAGAUGGGCAUCUCUAUGAAUUAGGAUGCCAUAGAAGUUUGCAAGAAGUUUAUGGAACGUGACCCUGAUGAACUGAGAUUCAAUGCCAUUGCUCUUUCUGCAGCUUAGCUUGUCCAGAAUGGAAACACCAAAUACUGUAUUAUUUGCAACAAAAUUAAAUUUCUUCUGCCAUACACUAACUCAAAAAUUUUGAUAUUUUCAUUAACUUGACUGAUUAAACUUUAUGUGAACUAAAAAAAAAAAAAA